AUGUCAGUCCCUCCCAUCGCCAAGGCCACGUUGCAGGCAGCGGUCAUCAAUGCCGGGUCAAAUGUGCUUGCGCAGGGAAUCAAGGCUUAUCGUGACCAGGUACCAUUCGAGGUGGAUAAUACUGCUUUGAUGCAAUUUACUACCUGUGCGCUCAUCGUCUCGCCUCUCGGUUACCUUUGGCUAGAGAAUCUAGAAGCAUGGUUUCCGAGCACAAAGCAAGUCACAGAAGACAAAGACAAAGAGAAGACCACCCCUGCAGAUGGCAAACCUGGACCCAAACCCCGCCUCAAUAUUACCAACACAAUUGCCAAGAUUGUUAUCGAUCAAGUUGUUGGUGGCGCAUGGAAUACCGUGCUCUUCCUCGCUACAAUGGGGAUUCUCCGCGGCCUCGACGCGGCGACAAUCCAAUCGCAAAUAUAUUCGGAUUUCGUGCCCAUCAUGGCCGCAGGAUUGAAGCUGUGGCCUUUCGUUUCCGUGCUAAAUUUCACCGUCGUCCCUGCCGACCAACGCCUGCUCGUGGGAAGCUUAUUUGGAGUUGUAUGGGCAAUUUACUUGAGUUUGGUUUCGGGCUAG